AUGAGGCAGAAGAAAACGCUGAAGGUGAGCAUCCACGAAAUUAAAAAGUAUUGCCCCUUCGUGAAAAACAUACAACUCUUUUAUAAUGCAAAUGAGAGCAAAAGCAAAGACAAGCACAACAAAAAUAAUGUGGUCCUAUCAGUCAUGUCGAAUCUAUGCCCUGUGGGAAAGGCCAUCAACGAAAAGCGCCUAAUCAUAAUAGACAAUAAAUCGAAGAUAAAUAUUUUUAAAAUUCUGAGAAAGUCGAAUAUCAUAUCGAGGCAGUUGGUGGACUCGUUGGCUGCUCGAAGUGGGACAAUAGAAGUAAAAGCGGAGCACAGGGAUCAGCCAAGUGGGGGGGUUACUGCAGUGGGAAGAACACUUGCUGGUGAGUAUGGCCCUACCGGUGAUGCUCGAGGAACGGAAAGCACCCUUUGUGGAGAAUGCCUGUGUAAGAGCUGGGGCCAACUCCAUCCCCCCCCACACACCAACAGCAACAGCAACAGCGGCACCAACACCAACGGCAAUAGCAACACCCUUAGUGUAGUUGAAAAUACCCCCACUGACUCAUUAACAUGGUCGAAUGAAGCCUAUAAACUAUUCCAAAAACAGUGCACAAACGAACUGAAAGAACUUUUAAAUAAACUCUAUUUAGAUAAAAGAUACAGAGUGUUUACCAUCCUAAACAAAUGCAGAAAGUAUUAUCCAAAUGUGCAUAUCGAAAAUGACAAAUUAUUGCUGCCCAUUUUUUUUCAGUUUUUUCAAAAUUUUGGCUACAAACACUGUGUUGGGAAUAGUGCCUGUAGAAUUGGGGCAGAUUAUGAUGUCGUUGCGGAUGGAUUGAGAAGCAUCUCCCCCAGGAAGGAAAACAAUGAUGAGUGUAAUUCUUCCAAUAUUCGCACAUCUGUUAUGAAGAGAACCAACGACAAAACAGUCGUGUGGUGCUCAAACGAUUAUCUAUGCUUGUCGAAUAACCAAAAAGUGAUAGAAGUCGGAAUCGAAACGCUGAAAAAAAUUGGGAACAGUAGUGGAGGCACAAGGAAUAUUUCAGGUAGUCUACUAAAUCAUAGUCACUUGGAAUAUAUUUUGGCUAAAUGGUUUAAUAAAGAGAGUGCAUUAUUAUUUACCUCGGGGUAUAUAGCAAAUGUGGGUGCAUUAGAAACUUUGGGGAAAUUGCUAAAUCUUGUGUUCGUAUCGGACCAAAUGAAUCAUGCAUCUAUAAUCAAUGGAAUCAGAGAAUCUAGAUGUGAAAAAUUUAUAUUCAAACAUAACGAUAUGCUAGAUCUAGAAAAGGUUCUAAAAAAUCUAAGAACAGAUAAAGAAUAUCAAAAUAGAAAAAUCAUGAUUGUGUUUGAAUCCAUUUAUAGUAUGUCAGGGAAUAUUUCUAACAUUCCACGUAUUGUUCAGCUAGCCAAAAAAUAUAAUGCACUUACCUAUGUUGAUGAGGUUCAUGCCGUAGGACUAUACGGAAAAACGGGUUCAGGAUAUUCAGAAGAAUUAAAUCUAUGUGAUCACAUUGAUAUAAUUAAUGGUACUUUAUCAAAAGCUAUAGGUUCCUUGGGUGGGUUCAUUUGUGCGAACAAGUAUUAUAUUGACGUCAUUAGAUCCUACUCGCCCCAUUUUAUUUUCACCACGUCCUUGACGCCUGUUAAUAUUAACACAUCUGCGGAGGCCAUUCACAUAAUUCAGAGCGACAUAAAUCUGCGAAAUAAAUUUCGCCAAGUUGUCCAAAAGACAAAGGAAAGAUUGGAGCGACAGGGGAUACACAUUAUGAAGAACAACUCCCACAUCGUUGUCGCCUUGAUUAACUCUGCUGAGAAGUGCAAGCAAAUUUGUGACGACCUGCUGACGGAACAUAAUAUAUACCUGCAGCCGAUUAAUUACCCGACCGUUUCGAGGGGAUCGGAAAGAAUCAGAAUCACGCCCUCACCGUACCACACAGAUGAGCACAUUGAAAAACUGGCGCGCAGCCUUUACCUGCUCUUCAAAAAGUACCAAGUAAAUAUGUUUGAUGGGAAGAACAGUCAGGCGCAAAUGAAGCUAUAG